AUGGACCUCGAAGAUCAAAUGAGCACAUUCCACCUCCUCAAGGCAUACGGAGAGGCAAUGGAGAUGGAUCAGAGAGACCUGGCCGGAGAACUCUUAUCAAGGUUGGAAGAGAAAUCAUCCCCAACCGGCACCACCCUGCAGCGACUCGUAUACUACCUGGUUCGAGCUCUGGAUCGCAAGCAUCCAGAUAUGUUGAGGAUGGAAGCGAGCAGGAACUACGAGCUCGCCUUCAAGGCCUUCUACCAGAUAUUCCCGUAUGGCAAGUUCGCUCAUUUCACAGCCAAUUCUGUGAUUCUGGACGCCCUGCCAUAUGAUCAUCAUCAGCAGCAGCAGCGAGACUUCGACAUUGGCUGUGGCGUCCAGUGGCCUCCUCUGAUGGAAGGGCUCGCGGCAAGAGGAGUUACCGAGAUGAGACUCACCAUCAUUCGAUGGAAUGAUGAUGAGGCGAUCAGUUACAGUCCUACAAGCCAGAGGUACAAGGAGAUCCAGACGUUGCUGCAAGAGCAAGCGCGUAUUGCUGGUUUGAACCUGAUCGUGGAGGAGACCGACAUGGAUGACUUGGAGUUCAAGCUAAAGAAGGUGGUGAAGAGGAAUGCAGAACACGGUGGCCAGUGCCUAGUUUUUAACUGCAUGGCAGGGCUUCCACAUAUGGGUCGAGGGAGGAACGCAGGGCACGUCAUGGAGUUCCUGAGAGUGGCAAAGGAGUCGAUCGAAUCGAUCAACUCCUGCCACGACAGCAGCUGCCGCCAAGGGGUCAUAACGUUUGGUGAUGGGAUAGGGUGGGGGAAGGGAAUGUCAGGGGAGGCGUAUGGUCCCAUAUUCGAAGGGCAGUUGGGGCAGUUUUACGCACUGCUGGAGUCGAUGGAAGGACACAUGCCUUACAAGCUAAGGGAAGCAAGGGUAGCUAUGGAGUGCCUGUUUUUGACACCUUAUGUGGCCUGCAUUGCUGGGUUUGAGAGGUGGGAAGGGAUCAUUAGGGAGAGUAAGGCGCUGGCCGAACUGAGAUUGCAGGCUCGGGGGAUGAGGAGAGGCUGUGUGGAGGAGGCUAGAGAGCUUGUGAGGGAAGGAGAGAGUUUGUAUUGGGUGUCUGUUGAAGGAGUUGAGGGGAAUCAGUUGGUGUUGGGUUAUAAGGAAACUCCAUUGCUAAAAGUCUCAUGCUGGAGAUAG